AUCAGUUGAUCUUGACUUAGUUAACUCUAGGUUAUAGACCAACUCCAAGGAAAUGCUGAUGGCAGCAAAUCCCUAUUCCUCAGAGAAUUUUUCACCCGCCGCAUUGCAGAAAGUAAUUCAAGAGGCUCAAGGAAAUACCAUAAGUGGAGACAUUGUAUCGAACAACUUACCUAACGAUGGUAAAAGUACAUUGCAAGUCCCCAACAACCACACCCAGCAUCAACGUCAACAUCAACAUCAACAACAGUAUGCUGUUGACCACAUCGAUAACAGAGCACAUACAAGUGGCGCUUUAAAUUAUACACACCCACAUACACAAUCAUUGCAGACUCAUUUCGAAUAUCCUAACAAAACAUCUCGCGUUGAUCAGUCAGGGAGUGCGUCUGCUGCACACUUUCCUGGCGCGAUGCCUGUACGAGAGAACAAUGAUAUGCAGAAUCGUCUGCAUCCCGAUAAUGGACGUAGUAAUAUAAACCCAGAUUUGAAUGUAACGAACGAUUUCGACGUGUACAACAACUACAACAACAGAUACUCGCAGCAUAUGCUCCCCCCACCUAACAUUCCACCGCCCUCAUCGCAUAUGAACAAACUCAACGUUUCCAGAAGUAUGGAUAACUUGCCAGCAUAUCCUGAAACCUUUGCCGCUCCAAGAGGGCUAGGGUUGAGGCAGUAUUGUUGUGUAUAUCCCUCGUGUUUUUCGGACCGGGUUAACAAGCGUAACAAUAUCGAGCGUCACGUCUGGACUCAGCAUGUACGUCAUCAAUUAGACUUAUCCGAGGCUAGGUACUUCGCCCGGUCGUAUAAGAAGUACGUUGAUCUGUAUGUACAUGAGGUGCCUACACGUGCGCAGCCUCAAAUCACCCCCGCACAAAGUCAGGCGGCCAAUAUCAAUCUGGAUGCGCAGACUCGUCAGGUACACCGGUUUAAAUCGGAAGCGCAACAAAGCCUACAAGAGCGCAAGCAGGGCUUAGGGCAACCCUACAGGAGGGUGCAGAGCAACACACAUCAGUCAUCGCUGAGUUAUCCAAACAGUCGGGGUGCCUCUCCCCAAAGCAGUAUCAGCUACACGCCGGAGGAUGCGAACUCGCCUCAGUUUAGUGCGCAGCAGAUGGACUUGCACCGACGCCAGAUGAUGAGCAUGCACGGACAGCCGCUGCACGUCAAUGACACACGCGCACGGUCCAAGUCUGUUAUGCAGGGUAACAAGUACGGUACUGUGGUUGAUCAGUCGGGUAUGGCACCCGGAGCGGGCAUGAACAAUCAGUUGAAUGUGAGUUAUGGGGACGGCGCCAAGGGUCUACUAGAUGUGUCCCGAGGGCAACCUGUGAGACGCUUCACAGGCGCAAAUAUGAUGGAUCCUUCUCAGCAGAACGGUGCGGGUGCGAAGCAAACAUUGUAUGCCGUGUCAGCCCCACAAUCACCGAAGCGUCGAUGGGACGCAAGCGACUCGAUGGCACAGACACGACCCCAGUCGGUCACUUCAAGCUACCACAACAACGCAAACGCGCUGAGGGCGGGUGCGGAGAAUCAAUCCCAGAAUCAGCCCUCAGACAUGUUAAGCAUGCACUUGGAUCGACAGCUCCGUCUGGUCCAGGAGGUACGGGGCAAUAACAAUGAUUUGCAAUCGCAACCCUCCUGGAAUGGGAAUGCAAACACAAGUGCUAAUUCUAACGCAAACGCGAGCGAGCCAAAGGAGGCUAUCUCACCUGUUGCCCUACAAGUACCGAAUCUGCAGGUAUCUGCCGCAGUCGACUCGAAUGUAAACUCUCAGGGGAAUAUCGGUGGCGGUGCGUUACAGACUAGGGGGACUGAGCAGCCGUCACAAUCUUUGCAACCUCAGAAGAAACAAUUAGCGCCACUUCUUGCAGCUCUCCAAGCCAUGCACGAGAUGCCAGAGACGAGCGAGACAGAUGGUGCCGGGAACCGUGCGAGUGGUCCAGUGUUUCGACCUUGGUAGUAUACCUCCAUAUCGCACAUGCAUAUGUACGUCUAGUCACGUGAGAGAACGUCGGUAUCUUGCAGAUUGGUAGCUUCUCUUCGGCUUUCGGUCUUGUUGGAAAUGGUAUACGCGAGUGUUACGAGAAACAAUUUAGAAGUCAAGUGGGCGGAAAAAUGUUCAUUUUGCGAUGAAGUGCACCGAGUCUGUGAAACUCGGGCGAACCCCACCCCACAUACAACAAUUUUUAUCAAUAAAUAUUAGGUUUUAAGGCGAA